AGAAUAUUCCAAACACCAAAACGACUCUCGCGCACACACGGUUGUGGUUCGCAUUUUGCAGCGGAGCUCAAGUUGUGAUUCAUAAACUUUGUGAUUUAAAUCGAACGUAAUUCUCACUAAAGACACCACAAUGUCCGCCGACGACGGAAAGUUUGACCCCGUGCUGUUUUCACUGGCCGAGCAGCACCCCGGCGGAGUUCCGGAGCUUCUGGCCACAAUCGCCGGCUUCCUAAACCGGAAAACGGACUUUUUCGUCGGCGGUGACGCCGGCGAGUGGGAAAAGCUGGUGCUGAAGAUAUUCCGCAAGGAGGCGGCCCUGGCCCAGGAGGUGGCCCGCAAGAAGCGCGAGGAACGGGAACAGGCGGAACGACGCCGGGCGGAGACGCGCCGCAAGAAGGAAGAGGAGGAACGACGCGAGCGGGAAAAGGCGGAGGACCAGUCGGCGGCGGCCAUCACCGAGCUGACGGAUGCCGAGGCGGAGAAGAUGCAACGCGAGCUGGAGGACGCCAAGAAGAGCAAAGAGGUCAAGGAACCUGCCCCAGCUGCUGCAGCAGCGGAGGAGGAAGAAACGGAAAAGGAUGACGACGAAGAACCCGAGGACAAGGGCAAACUGAAGCCGAACCGAGGCAACGGGUGCGACCUGGAAAAGUACAGCUGGACGCAAACGCUACAGGAGCUGGAACUGCGCGUGCCAUUCGAUGUCAAGUUCACGCUCAAAGCCAAGGACGUCGUCGUGAGCAUCCAGCGCAAGUCGCUGAAGGUCGGUCUCAAGGGACACCCGCCGGUGAUCGACGGAGCGCUGCACGGCGAGGUCAAAAUGGAAGAAUCGCUGUGGCACCUGGACAAGAACAGCGUCGUCGUCACGCUGGACAAGGUCAACCAGAUGAACUGGUGGGAGAAGCUGGUGCUGACGGAUCCGCCGAUCAACACGCGCAAGAUCAACCCCGAGUCGUCGAAGCUGUCGGAUUUGGACGGGCAGACGCGCGGCAUGGUCGAGAAGAUGAUGUUUGACCAGCGGCAGAAGGAGAUGGGUCUGCCGACGAGCGAUGAGCAGAAGAAGCAGGAUGUGCUGAAGAAGUUCAUGACGCAGCACCCGGAAAUGGACUUUUCAAACUGUAAAUUCAACUAAACCGGAACUCCCCCUAAUGUAUGCUGUAUUCUACCUGUACGUUUCCUUCUAAUCUAAUCCAACAAGGACUUCAAUUUACAACAUUAUGCUUUAAGUAGGUUUUAACUUAAGUGCGUUUGGUAUUGAUGUUGGCGGCGAUUGCAGCCAAAUGUAAUAAAAAGCCAUGCUACGGAAACU